AUGUCAACUGCAGAUAGAGCCUCGACCCAACGUCCUAGUUCUCAUUCAGUUGAUCCACAAAUGAAAAUCAUGUCAAAGAACCCUAUUAAAUAUGCUCUGGUAAAUUUUAUUGAGCAUUUCCAGGUGGAUGCAUUCACCGACAAACCAUUUAAAGAAAACCCAGCAGCCGUGUGUAUGUUAGAAGAUGAAGAUAAAAGAGACGACGGGUGGUUCAUAAGAGUUGCUGCAGAAUUCAAUGCCCCAAUAACACGCUUCUUGACUCCAAUUCGUCACAACAAUGAUGCUUAUAACGAUAGUGAAUCCGACCAUCAUUUCAACAUUAGGUGGUUCACUAGUAUUGUAGAGGUUAACCUUUGUGGCCAUGGAACCUUGGCAGCUGCACAAUAUCUGUUUACAUGUGGUUUGGUGAAAUCAGACAAAAUUGAAUUUCUAACACCAUCCGGAAUAAACCUGACUGUAAAGAAAAUUCUUUCCUGCAGACACGGGGACACAUUGGGUAUAUCAAAGGUUUUGAAUAAUGUCUACAAUGGGGAUAUACCUAACAUACCACUUACUCUUAAUGGGGUUUCUAUUCUCAAUGUAAAGAAAACGGUUCCUCUUGGUGAUGUACUUAUUGAGGUCUCAUCCGGACAGAGUGUUAUAGACUUGAAACCAAAUUUUCAUGAGCUACAAGAGCGGAAGGGCCGUGAAAGGGUAAUUUGCAUAACAGGGAAAGCUCCUGAAGAAUCAGGUUUCGAUUUCAUCUCCCGUGUAUUUGCUCCAACUGUAGGUGUCCUUGAAGCUUCUCCAAGAGGAAGGGUGUUUGAUCUCCAUUUGGAUGAAUAA